AUGUCCCGUGUGCCCGACAGUGGCCCCAUUGAGGUGGCCUCACACUUCUUCAACGGCAUUAGCGACCCGCGUGUUGUCACGAUGGACUUCUCACUGGACGGACGGUAUUUCAUCUCAUCACACGCCGAUGACGCGUUGCGGCUGCUGGACGUGACGGCAAUGCGGCACACAGAGACGAUACAGUUGGAGGCAUUCGGUGUGCACUGCGCGAAGUUUACACAGUCCAGUGAUGUGGUCUGCGUGGCUCCACGGCAUAGUGGGGAUGGUCACUUGUAUCUCUUGAGUCUUAGCACGGCACAGUUCUUUGCUGCUAUGGCGUUUAUUAGUGAUGAGGUGCCGGAGCUUCGCGCUACUGUAAAUACACCGGUGUAUUCAACCAUUGCGCAGUGUCCACAAAGUGAUGUGAUUGCAUCUGUUUUCUCCACACAAGGGCGGUUGUUGUUAUUUCACCCACUCAUCUCCGGUGCUCUUGCGGCCUCUGGGGAACGCACAGUGGUGGGAAACAGAGGGGCAGUGUCCUUCAGCCCAGAUGGUGGGAAACUCGUCAUUGGAGACGAUUAUCAUGUGCGUGUAUUUGACUGUCGUAAGAUGUUCAGCACACCAUUGUUGUCUGUAGAGAACAAAACCAUUUUCACCGACUCGGGUGCAGCCUCACGGUGUAAAGGAGCCGAAGUGAGCGCAGAUGGUCGUCAUCUCUUGCUUACAUCUUCCUCUGGUGAAGCUAUUGUUUAUGAUAUGGGCCGUGAAGUUGUGGCUUGCUCGUAUUUUCACGAUGCGGCACGACGCCAUUUUUUAGGCGCUGGUGAUGCUGUUGGCGCAAAGUAUGUUUUUCCCAAUCUCGCCGAGUCGUUAGUGGUGCAGCCGUCUACAUUUAUGAAUGCCGGACGUCAUCUGUUGGUCUACGGCGGAUACGACGCCUCGCAGAUCUCGCAGGAGUGCAGUAAAGGGCAACUGCGGUUUGAACUGCAAUGCAAAGACAGUGAUGUUCCCGUUGCGUUGAGUGUGAACUCAAAGUAUGCGCUUGUGGCCACAGCAGCACAUGGUGUCACCUGGUGGUCCUUCAACAUAGAUGCAUAG